AUACUCUUCCUGCUUGGUUAAAGUUGGUUAUUGCUGGAUAUCUUAUUACUUCCAGUGUGUCUCAGGAAACCUCAUACUUAUAUACCCCCACAUUAAUAUCAUGGCAUACAGCAUAAAAGAGUGCAGAGUUGCUCUGCACCAGCUCUCAGAUGCUGCAGUCAGGAGUGGCUGGUGCCCUGAGCAGAGCCUCAUUCAAGCAGCAACUGACGUGUGCAAACUCGAGCCUGAAGCAAUGGAGGGCAGCAGCUCAUCCCUACCCUCCAUCAUGACAGUUUACAUCAAAGAGGAGCCUGAAGAUGAGGGAGAGGACAUAACUGUGAAGGAUGAACCACUUUGCAGUGAAGAAUAUGAGCAAACUCCACUUCCCUCAUCUUGCAAGCCAUGCAAGAAAGAGGUUCAAGUUGAGGCUCACGAGGCCUGCACCAGCGCCUCACAGUACACUGCUGCAGUGCCUCAUAAGCAGGAUGUCUUGCCUUGCAAUGCCCAGAGCAACAUUGGACAGGAUGAGUGGAUGGCAGUUUCUCCAGAAAACAAGGAAAAAAAUAUUUCUGUUGCUGAGAAAAAUAUUUCUUGUUUAGGGGAAGGAUUCGAAUGUUGCAGCUGA